AUGUCUGGUGCUCUUUUCAACAAGACACCUCCACAGGCUCCUCGGGCCAUGCAAGAGAUGCCUGUGAGCAAUGACCAUCGGGCAUCUGCCAAUCUGAAUACUAAAUUCGCCAGCACACACCUUUAUACUAGCCACGCCCAGUACGCUGAGAGCCAAUAUCCGGCCUCCCUCUCCAAUGCUGCCUGGCCCUUUUACGACGAUGACGAGAAAGUACACUCCAAGUCCCGCGGCGGAAAUGGCUCCUGGACCAAUUCAACGACUUGGAUAAGCGAAGAGGAAAAGCUGCGCGUCGACUUCGCGCGUAUGAAAGAGGCUGCCGGCCACCUGGGGCUUAGAAAGUCUCCGUAUUUCCCGAGAAAUAUCUCCGAGUACGUCGAAGCCCGUAAUCACGCCAUCUUGCGAAAGGCGAGGCUGCUAAAAGAGAGUAUCCGAGGACGGGAGGCGGCGAUGCGCCCAGAAAAGAGAGACAAGAGGCCCAACUUCGUCUCCAUCGAGACUCCAGCGGAACAGGAGACGGAAGAGAUGGGGUAUGGUCUGAAAGAGACAGAACACUUCUGA